CCAUAGCACUGUGAGCGGAUAUCAUUGUGGGGGUGUGGCGAUUAAUGUCAAGCGAAGGCUUGAUGUUGAGGUGCAAGUAAACCAUCCUUACGUAUGGGCUUAUUUACCGAUGUGCCUUUAGUUUCGUAAUCGGGUAGAAAAAAAGAGGUCGUUCAGAAAGCGCCAUUCUCUAUUUUUAUAGCCCGUGACGUAAUUUCCCCUGGUUUACAGGGUUGGACAGAGUGACAGUCGGUGAAAGCGCUUUAAUUGUGAUGGCAGGCGCUGUUAGAAGCCAUGGUUGCCUGAGGCUCCUGGGAACCCAUUUAAAAGAUCUCCUUUAUACGAAACACUGCGUGCUUUUCGAUUGCGAUGGGGUGAUUUGGAAUGGCGAAAAGGCGGUGGUGGGCGCGCCGGAGGUGGUGAGUUUGUUGAAGAAACGAGGCAAAAGCGUUUUCUUCGUUACCAACAAUUGCACCCGACCGAGGGACGGCUAUUUGCAGAAGUUUUCCCGACUGGGUUUCAGUGACGUCGUCCAAAGCGACAUCCUGAGCUCGGCUUACUGUUCGGCGGUUUACCUGCGAGACGUGGCCAAGGUUCAAGGGAAGGUUUAUGUCAUCGGCGGCGACGGAGUGUAUACGGAGCUGCACGAAGCUGGCGUGCCUGCUGUGGGGAGAGAACCCGAAAUUCCCGGCGCGACCAUAUACGACUGCCCCUUAGAUUCGGACGUCAAGGCGGUCCUGGUCGGAUAUGACGACAAACUGAAUUUUCUUAAACUGGCGAAAGCCUGCUGCUACCUGCGCGAUCCCGACUGCCUGUUUCUGGCUACUGACCGAGACCCUUGGCACCCGCUUCCACGCGGCAGAGUGUCACCAGGUUCCGGAAGCCUGGCGGCCGCCCUGGAGACGGCGGCGGGGCGCAAGGCCACGGUCGUCGGCAAGCCCGGUCGCUUCAUGUUCGACUGCAUCGCCGGCCGGUUCGGGGUGGACCCCGCCCGCACCGUCAUGGUGGGCGACCGCCUGGAGACGGACAUCCUGUUCGGCCGGACGUGCGGCGUCGACACGGUGCUCACGCUGACGGGCGUGUCGACGCUGGAGCAGGCGCAGGGGUACAGGGACAGCCCGGCGUCCGAGGAGGCGGCGUGCGUGCCCGACUACGUGGUGGACACCGUCGCCGACUUCCUGCCGGCACUGGGCGAGGAACGGUGACUCCCCACAGCUUUCUGGAACAGGGGGACCUGUACGGCACGGGUCAGACUUUUUUGGGCAUGGGGGAACAAUUAAGGCUCUUUAAGCCACAGAAACCAGCAAAGUACACUAAAAUGUUUUUAGUUACAAAAUACCUCCCAAAAAUGUGUGAAGUACAAUCAAAAUAGUUGAGUGUAGCAGAGGUAUAAACCAUACAAAAAGAACAGACCAGCUCUUAUUACAUAUGAAAUACUACAUAUGUCCUCAUGUAAAAUGGCCACUGGUUCUCCUGUAGUACUGUGUGUGGCCUGAAGGGUAUAAAAUCGUCACUGGCUUUUCUGAAAUACUGUGACUGGCCUGUAGGGUGUGAAGUAUCCACUGGCCCUGGUGUAUUACUGUGUGUGACCUGUAAGGUGUAAAAUAGUCACUGGCUCUCCUGUAGUACUGUGUGACCUAUAGAGUAAAAUAGCCGCUGGUUCUCUUGUAGUACUAUGUGUAGCCUGUAGGGUGUAAAAUAGUCAUGCUCUCCUGUAGUACUGUGUGGCCUGUAGGGUGUAAAAUAGUCUCUUUUU